GGAAGUAAAUUAAAUUAUUAAAUAUUUCUACAGGACAAAAUUAAGAUAAUACUAUAGAAAUUAAGUUAUAUUUAAAUAUGAAUGCAAUAAGAAGUAUCUGGCGUUUAACUCCUGUUAGAGGUGUUACAAUACCAAAUUAUGCAAUUCGAUCACUAUCCGCCAAUACAACGGCGCUACCUCAUGCUGUUGAACCAGUGGUUCCUCCUGUGGAAUUGGACAAGUUAUAUAAAAGAGUAGAAUUAGAAAUGCGCGGUAUAGACCCGGCUGUGCUACUCAGCUAUUCAUGGUUUUGCGUUGCUGCUGCUUCACAUCUUGGUAUCGAAGUCACUAAGAGUUGGGCACUAAGGAAAGCAGAGAAAGAAAGGCACACACUUUUAAAAUGUGUACACAUUUACAAGAAACACAAAGUGCAGUAUGAAAUUCGUACAUACUUCAGGUUUAUACAUAUGCAGAGGCUCACUGGAUCUACGUGCGACACAUAUUUGGAAUAUAUCGAACGGAAUCUGCCAGAAGGUUGUGCGUUGAAAGUUACAAAAAUUGAAUGUCAAAAGUUACCUGAACAUUUAGUACCGCCUAAGAAAGAAAGCGAAGAGUGAAUUGCCAUUGUAAUAAUUUAGAAUAAAAAUAAAUUAGUUAAA